CAGCGCCGCAGUAACGUCCACACCGGAUAACAACUGUCGCCGGUAAGUCUACCGUCUCUUCCAGUCGUUCUCUCUCUAUUUAACUGUCUAAUGCCCGCCGCUGAUUUUGGUUUUGUGUGAGAGUUCUGUAAGUUUCAUAGAAGUUUGUUAUAGCAUUUUUGAGAAACUGCUACAGAAAUCCCAAGUUUGUUAUAGCGUUGUUGUUGAAGAUCUCUGAUUCCUCUUGUUGAACAUUUCGUCAACAUUUUCUAAGCCUUGGUAAGUUGUGAAGGUCAGUCUUUUAUUCCCUUCUUCUCUUCGUUAGCGUUUCUCUUGUUCAUAACUCUUAGUUCCUGAUUUAUUCUCGUAUUUAUGGUGCCCAAAUCCAUUGGCUUCGUGUACCCAUUUCUUUCUAAUCGGAUCACCUCAUCUUUCUUCACUAUUUCUUCCCUUUUAACCUAUUCAACACAACGAAAUCUGAAUUCUGAAUCUGUUUGUGGUCGUCCUCAUGAUGCAGUUAUCAAUGCUUCUCUUCAAUCUCCACAAUUAGAACAAUCCCUUGAUAGUUUUAAACUAAUGGUCCUUAAAGGUCAUUCUCCGAGUUCAUACUCUUUCAAUAAUGUAUUGGAUUUACUUGCUAAAUCAGGGAAUCUGGAUAGAACUUGGUGGUUUUUCACUGAAUAUUUGGGGAGGACUCAGUUUGACGUGUAUAGUUUCGGGAUUACGAUUAAAGCCUUUUGUGAAAAUGGCAACGUAAGUAAAGGCUUUGAGCUUUUGGCUCAAAUGGAGACGAUGGGCGUGUCUCCUAAUGUUUUUAUAUACACUAUCUUGAUUGAAGCUUGUUGCAAAAAUGGUGAUAUUGAUCAAGCUAAAGUAAUGUUUUCUAGGAUGGAUGACCUUGGUUUGGCUGCUGACCAAUAUAUUUAUACAGUCAUGAUCAAUGGAUUUUUCAAGAAAGGUUACAAGAAGGAUGGUUUUGAGCUUUAUGAGAAGAUGAAGCUCAUGGGGGUACUUCCCAAUUUAUAUACUUACAACAGUCUCAUUACUGAAUAUUGUAGGGAUGGAAAAUUGAGCCUUGCAUUUAAGUUGUUUGAUGAAAUAUCUAAAAGAGGGGUGGCAUGUAAUGCAGUCACGUACAAUAUUCUAAUAGGUGGGUUAUGUCGCAAGGGACAAGUGUUGAAAGCUGAAGGACUGUUAGAACGUAUGAAACGAGCUGAUAUAAAUCCAACUACUAGAACAUUUAACCUGUUGAUGGAUGGGUUGUGUAACACUGGAAAGUUGGACAAGGCCUUAAGUUAUCUCGAUAAACUGAAGUUGAUUGGUCAAUCUCCAACUCUAGUGACCUACAAUAUUUUAAUUUCAGGUUUCUCUAAAGUAGGAAAUUCUUCUGUAGUUUCAGAGUUAGUGAGGGAGAUGGAGGACAGAGGUAUUUCUCCCUCGAAAGUGACGUAUACGAUUUUGAUGGAUGCGUUUGUUCGAUCCGAUGAUAUAGAGAAAGCCUAUGAGAUGUUUCAUCUCAUGAAGAGAAUUGGUUUGGUCCCGGAUCAGCAUACCUAUGGUGUCCUAAUCCAUGGUUUGUGUAUAAGAGGUAAUAUGGUUGAGGCAUCAAAACUAUACAAAUCAGUGGUAGAGAUGCAUCUAGAGCCUAAUGAUGUUAUCUAUAAUACAAUGAUAAAUGGGUACUGCAAAGAGUGCAACUCCUACAAGGCUUUAAAGUUUCUUGAAGAGAUGGUUAAAAAUGGAGGAACUCCAAAUGUGGCUAGUUACAUUUCCACCAUUCAAGUCCUCUGCAAGGAUGGGAAGUCCAUUGAGGCGAAACGGUUACUUAAAGAAAUGACUGAAGCCGGUUUGAAGCCGCCGGAAUCUCUCCGUAGUAAAGUUGGUUAAGCCAAAUCUUGUGCAUAAAAAUUAAAAAUAAGAACAAAGGCAUUUUAACUGCAACAAAAGGGAUGUAGAAGUUAAUGAUGCUACUCUAGGAAAAUCGUGGUGCGUUGAAUGAGAAGUUAAAAGGUUCGUUAUGUGACCAUUCACUUCUUUAAAAUUAAUUCUAUUUUUUUCCAUGUGAAAAGCAUUUUGCUUGAUGUGUUUAAUGUGACCUUCGAAAUUGUUGAAAAGUAAUAUAUACUAAUGAUAUUUAAGGUUUAUACUAAAAUAAAUACUUCUAAUACACUAAGGGGCUAAGAAAAGGACUACAUUUGGGGCAAGGAACAGGGGGAAGGAAUAGGUUUAUUCCCCCCUAUUCCUUCCUAUUCCUUCUCUUUCUUCCCCUCAACCCAUCUCAAUCUUCCUCUUAAUCUUUCUCUCCUUUCUUCCCAAUCCCCCUCACUUCGUGUGCUUUCUCCUUCCUUCCACUCCAUCCAUUCGCUCAUCUCCUUCCUUCCUCUCCAUUCGGCCACUCAUCUCCUUCCUUCUUCUCAAUCUCCCUUCCUUUUCUCUACAACCGAACAAGCCUUUCUCCCAUUUCCUCUCAUGAACUCCUUGCAAUUCAGCCUACACCAUCUCAGCUCUCGAACACAUACGUUUUGAAAUCUAUAUACCAUCUUGUGGACCAUUAGCAAGUUCCCCUUAUAGUAGCUCCAAAUGGAUCCAAUCAAACUCGUCGCCUUUUUGAAUGCUUUGACAAUCGCCCAACGUUAGAUGCUACUGUCGUUGGUGGCACUCUUGAAUGUCCACAAGAAGAAGCACGACAUGUAGACAUUCGAGAUGUUCGACCUCAUUUGCGACGCUAUGGAUUGUGCGAAUGACUAGUCCAAGGCCAUUGCGAAAUGACCGGAUAGAGCUAGUUAGAAGGAGGACAUUGUGCGGCAGGAAGUCAUUACACAACUACAGCCUAUUUCGGGCCUCAAUGUGGAGGACCUCGCGAAAUGUAUGAUGGUAGUGAUAGAGAAAAUGUCGCACAUGAAAACCUUUUUGUACAUACCCGAUGAGCUUAAGUCCGCAUACUGUAGAGUCAUUCUUCACGAUAACCCAUUAUUGUCUGUCUGCUUCCAUUGCAUAACCCUUUUGUGUUUUGGUA